CUCGUCUAGGCGGCUUCACAUCCAAGGAUUGUCCCAUUCCCUUGCAGAGGUUCUAAAGUCCUUGUAAAAUGCUGGAUAAGCAUAAAAUAAGGAAGUUAUUGCACAUGAUGCCAGGAAAGAAGCGCUUUGGUGUGUAUAGAUUUCUUCCUUUCUUCUUUAUCCUUGGAGGUGGUAUGGAGUGGUUUAUGAUCAAUGUCCGAAUCGGAAAAGAGACAUUUUAUGAUGUUUACCGCAGAAAGCAGUCUGAAAGACGGCAUGAAAGUUUGGAACAAAGAUGAUAGCUCAUUUCUGAAACCUUAAAUUUUAUAUAUAACAGAUGUUUAACUGUUAAAUUAAAAGAAGUGUGCAAGUUUUCAAAUCAAACACUGUGACAGUAGCUGGUACCAUGGGAUAUGGUUUUCAUACCCAGGCUGAAGGUACAAUGCCAGCUGCUUCCUUAUCACAUCGUGCAUCAAUAUCCAAGGUUGAGGUAAUUCACCACCAGCAGCAACCAAAGCUAUGCGGCUCUACAAGCAGAUGAUCUUCAGUUUUUAUGUGGAAGUAACAUUGUUUGCUCAGGUGCUGACCAGAAGAAUGGGAAUUAGCUGGAGCUACCAAUUGACUUCACUGAACUCCAACAGAAUAAGGGGAGCAGAGUCCCCAUAGUCUGUCCCAGGUUUCUCAUAGGAUCAUCAUCCUCUUCCCCUAGAAUAAGGGAGAUAUCCUUGUUGAACUGACAAGUCUUGUCACUCAUCCCAUUUAGCUAUCCCCCUUCCUUCUCCCGCCAUUGUGGAUGCAGAAGAUGGUAAUGGCUUAUCCUGCCCUAUAUGGUACUCUGGUAUCCAGGAACAAUGUACGAUGGCUGAUUAUACUGCAUUUUAGAAGUGGGGAUUUAUCCUGUUUGAGAGGAAGUUUCAUCAUGAGUUUAUAU